AUGGCACGUAUUGCCAGCCUACAAGUCUUUGCCUUACGAGGGCCCAAGAUCGCUCGCCCCCAUUGGACCGCCUUCUUCCCGGUGCCUCCGGGAAACGAGAUUUUGGUGCGCUUGAGAACCACGGAGGGCUUGGAGGGCUUCGGCUUGGCCAGUAGCUAUACGGCCAUCGAGCCUUUGGUCAAACCAUGGCAGAAUGGCUUCGCCGAGCUCAUCCUUGGCGAGGAUGCGUUGGCGCCUGAGAGGAUUUAUCAGAAGAUUUUCAAGCACACUGCCAACAAGCUGGCCAGUGAGAGGGGCUGGUCCCGGGAAGCCAUGAUCCGCUUGAGCGCAGCAGUGGACUUGGCAUGUUGGGACAUCGUGGGAAAAGCUGCCAACUUGCCCUUGUACAAGCUCUUUGGCGGAUUUAAGGAUGAAGUGGCCUGCUAUGCUACCUGUGGCUACUACAGAGAAGGCAAAGACGAGCAGGAGCUUCGGGAUGACCUGCAGAUGAUGGUAGAGCAAGGUCACAAGGGCUUCAAGGUGAAGAUCGGGGGCCUGUCCCUCAGCGAGGACAUGGAGCGCUUGCGGGUCAUCCGCGAGGUCAUUGGCGACGCGGCGGACUUGAUGGUUGAUGUGAAUCGCGCCUGGGACUUCCGCACUGCCUGUGAGGGUGUGAAGCUCCUGGAAGCCUUUCGACCCCGCUGGCUGGAGGAACCCGUCGCCUGGGAGGAUGAUAGGCGCUUGUUGAAGCUCUUGGCACAACGCACCAGCAUCCCUUUGAGUGGAGGUGAGAGUGAAUUUACCAGCUACGGUUGCCGUGCCUUGCUGGAAGAACAAGCGAUCUCCAUCCUCCAGUUCGAUGCCACCAUGUAUGGCGGCUUCACCGAGGGCCGGAAACUGGCUGCGCUUUGUGAGCUGAAUCACGUGCAGGUGGCUCCUCAUCACGAUUGCUUCAUCCAUGCGCAGCUGGUGGCCUCCACGCCCGCGGGGCUCAUCGUGGAGGCCUUCACCGACCCGGAGCGCGAUCCGCUCCAGGCAGAGCUCUUUGAGGAUGCACCUGAAAUCAAAGAUGGCAUCAUCAAGCUCUCUUCCAAGCCUGGUCUUGGCCUGACGCUGAAUGAGAAAGCCGUUGAGAAGUACGGCACUCGCAUCAUUUAA